AUGGUGGAAAGAAGAAUCAUGUCUUCUCUCAUUACCAUAAUCAAGUUGUUGCUGUUUCUUGUCUGUCUGCUGCCAAGCUUCAGCACUAGCAAUGGUGGUGCUUUUGUGGGGAAGAGAGUUUCUCUCCUCGACCUGUUGGAAGAACACAAGCAGUGGAAACAGCUGCUAGAGAAGAGCACCUUCCAUGACUCUGCUGCUUCUUCUUCUUCUUCAAGCUCAUGCCUUCCCCAGAAAUCAAGACAGGAAGAGGGAGCAACCAUCCUGGAAAUGAAGCACAGAGGUUCCUGCUCGCCCUCAGGAAAACCAGCCACGAUGCAAGACUUGAGCAAGAAGCUGAAACGGACCCUAAUGCUAGACAACAUCAGAGUCCAGUCAAUCCAGUCUCGAAUCAAAAAGACUACCUCUCUUGUCAAACAAGACAAGUCGAUAACAACAACAACAACAACUCAGAUUCCAUUGGCUUCGGGAAUAAAGCUGCAAACCCUCAACUAUAUAGUCACAGUACAGCUGGGAGGGAAACAGCUUACAGUGAUAAUGGACACUGGAAGUGACUUGACAUGGGUUCAAUGCCAGCCAUGCAGGUUCUGUUACAACCAGAAGGACCCUCUCUUCAACCCUUCCAUCUCUCCUUCUUUCCGCAGAAUCCCCUGCAAUUCAUCAGCUUGCGACUCCCUUCAGUUCGCAACUGGCAACUCGGGUGCCUGUGCCAGCAACCAGCAAACCUGCAACUAUUACGUUAGCUACGGGGAUGGGUCCUACACAAGAGGCGAUCUAGCCACUGAACAGCUUAACUUGGGAGGUGAAACUGAACCAGUCCAUAAUUUCGUGUUCGGUUGUGGAAGGUACAAUAAGGGCUUAUUUGGAGGAGCUUCAGGUUUAAUGGGGUUGGGAAGGAGUGAGCUUUCUUUGGUGUCUCAAUCUAAAUCCAUGUACGGAGGUGUUUUCUCCUACUGCUUGCCCACAACAGCACCUGAUGCUACUGGCUCAUUAGCAUUUGGUCCCAAUACUUCAGUUUACAGCAACUUCACCCCAAUUUCUUACACCAGAAUGGUCAAUAAUCCCCAGCUCCCAACUUUCUACUUCCUCAACCUUACCGGGUUUUCGAUAGGUGGGAAGGAUCUCCCUCAGGCCUCUGGAUUUGGAACUGGAAUUCUGAUUGAUUCUGGAACAGUCAUAACGAGGCUUCCUCCAUCAACUUACAGAACUGUGAAGGCAGAGUUUCUGAGGCAAUUCUCCGGGGUUCCAACUGCUCCAGGUUUUUCGAUACUGGACACUUGCUUCAACCUGACGGGGUAUCAGGAGAUUGAUGUCCCUACCAUUAGCAUCAACUUUGAAGGGAAUGUGAAGCUGCAAGUUGACCUGACAGGGGUUUUCUAUUUUGUGAAAGCGGAUGCUUCUCAGGUGUGUCUGGCAAUCGCGAGCCUGGCUUAUGAAGAUGAGAUUGGGAUAGUAGGGAACUAUCAGCAGAGAAACCAGAGGGUUGUCUAUGAUACAAAAGAGUCAAUGGUGGGAUUUGCAGCAGAAGCUUGCAGUUUCAGCUAA